CAUGCCGCUACACUACACGUUCUUCCCGUAGGAUUAUCCCCGGCCCCACUUCACUCCCGCACCGUCAGAUGGGAGCGAGAGAGAAAGAGAGAGAGGGAGCGAGAGCAAGAGAAAAACAGUGAGUAAGUAAGAAAGAGAAAGAGAUCUUUCAGUUCUCGUCGAACGCGCGCCAGUAUCGUGGAAACUGUGGACGUAGUAUGCGUUGAUCGAUCGUUCGACGGUGCGGAGUCCUCACGAAAUCCGAACAAAUUAUCAUACGUCGUGUCCGUGUCGUGUUUUCGUUUUUUUUUGUUUUCAUAGUUUUUUAAGUAAAUGUGCAAGAGUGGAAAAAAUAAAUACUUUCAAUAACAAUUACAGAUUAUUUGACGCCGCGAAGUGUAAAAACAAAAACAAAUUUCUCCUAAAAAGAUUUGUGUCUCUCCCGCGCAUGUGUGCACAGUGCGUGAAUUAUAAAAGUAGUGCGACGUGUAUUUUACGCGUGUGUAUGUAUAAAUACUCGAGCACACGGGCGACCACCUGUUUUUGGAUAAAUUCUACACGCUAAGGAGUAAGGGGCGCAGUAUGAGCCCGGCUUUGGGCAUCGCGCCGUACCCCAAACAACGCAAACUUACGAUCGGCGUCACCAAUCACCGGGAGGACGUUUCACCUCGUACCCUCCAACCACGAGACACGAACGGUACCGCAGCACUCGACCAGACAUUCGGAAGAGAAUGACUCAAAGAGAGGACGUCAUCAAGUUCGAGCAGGGCCGCAUCAAGGCCCUGCAGGAAGAACGUCUUCACAUACAAAAGAAAACUUUCACUAAAUGGAUCAAUUCGUUUCUACUAAAAGCUCGGAUGGAGGUGGAGGAUUUGUUCACGGAUUUGGCCGACGGGAAGAAGCUGCUGAAACUUUUGGAAAUAAUAUCGGGCGAGAGGCUCGCAAAACCUAACAACGGUCGCAUGAGAGUGCACAAGAUCGAGAACGUGAACAAGUCUCUGGCUUUUCUUCACACCAAGGUGCGAUUGGAGAGCAUCGGAGCUGAGGACAUCGUCGAUGGAAAUCCGAGACUCAUACUCGGACUCAUCUGGACGAUUAUUCUCCGCUUCCAGAUCCAGGAAAUCGAGAUCGACGUCGACGAGGAGAACGAGAGCAGCGAGAAAAAGUCAGCCAAGGAUGCUCUUCUACUGUGGUGCCAAAGAAAGACGAACGGCUAUCCCGAAGUCAACAUACAGGACUUUACAGGUUCGUGGCGCAGCGGUCUUGGAUUCAAUGCCCUCAUCCACGCUCACAGACCGGACCUUGUCAAUUGGUCGGAACUCGGUCAGGGCAAGCACAUCGACAACCUUAAUUAUGCGUUCGACGUGGCCAACUCGGAGCUGGGAAUUCCUCGACUCCUCGACGCUGAGGACGUCGACACCCAGAGGCCCGAUGAAAAAUCCAUCAUCACAUACGUCGCUUCGUAUUAUCACACAUUCGCCAGGAUGAAGAACGAAAUAAAGAGUGGCAAGAGAAUAGCAAAUAUCGUUGGACAAAUGAUGGACGCGGACAACAUGAAAGUCCAUUAUGAGAAAUUAACGACGAAUUUGCUCGAGUGGAUAAAACUGAAGAUCGGGGUAUUGGAGAACCGCAGCUUUCCGAACUCGCUCGAGGGAAUACAGCGUGAACUGUUGGCCUUCAAACAGUAUCGCACCGUGGAGAAGCCUCCGAAAUAUAAGGAGCGCUCGGAAAUCGAGGCGCUUUACUUUCACAUAAACACGCAAUUGAAGUCGCUAAAUCAACCGGCGUUUAUUCCUCAAGAGGGUCAGUUGGUGCACGACAUCGAGAGAAAUUGGGUCGAGCUCGAGAGAGCCGAACAUCGACGGGAGGUUGCACUGCGCACGGAAUUGUUACGUCAAGAGCGUCUGGAACAGUUGAAUUACAAGUUUGAGAAAAAGAGCGUCUUGCGGGAGGGCUAUCUCAAGGAAAUGAUACAAGUUUUGUCGGAUCCUCGCUACGGUAGCAAUCUCGCACAAAUUGAUGCAACGGUGAAGAAACACGAGGCGAUAAGCGCCGAUAUACUUGCUCGGGAAGAACGUUUUCACGAUUUGACCAAUAUGUCGGAGGAGCUCGUGAGGGAGAAUUAUCACGGUAUGGAAAGAGUCCAAGGACGCGAGCACGAGGUGUUGCAAAGGUGGAAAGAACUUUUGGCCUUGUUGGAUCAUCACAAAGUAAAUCUGACAGCGUUGUGUUCACUGAUGAGUUUGAUGAGGGAAAUCGACACCACGUUAGCGACGAUACAAGAGCUGCAGUUGAAUUUCCAGAGCACCGACGUCGGACCACAUUUAUUGGGUGUUGAGGAUUUGCUGCAAAAGCAUAGUCUCCAGGAAUUGCAAGUGACCGCACUGGGCGAGAGUCAAAGAAGGUUGGGCAGACAAGCCGCUCAGCAUUUGACUCAACCGUUGAGCAAGGAAGCUCCAUUGUUGCAACAAAAACUCGAGACUCUAAACGCCGCUUACGACGAGCUCGUCGAGAACAGCAAAGAACGCAAGGCCCGUCUCGAGGACGCUAGAAAUUUUUUCCACUUUUUGCAGGAUCACGAGGACGAGGAAUCGUGGUUGGUUGAGAAGCAGAGAAUUUGCAAAGCAGGAAUAUCGGCUAAAGAUUUACGAGCCGUCAUAUCGUUGCAGCAGAAACACAAAGCGCUGCAGGAUGAAAUGAAAGUCAGGAGACCCAAGUCCGAGCAGUUGUGCAGCGCUGGGAGAAAGCUCAUAUCCGACGGGCAUCCUUCCGCGUUGGAGAUACAAAAUCGCAUCGACUCGCUUCAGGAGCACUGGCGAGUUCUCGAGGAACUGGCCGCCUUGAGGAAAAAACAGUUGGAAGACGCGGCCGAAGCCUUUCAGUAUUAUACCGAUGCGAACGAGGCGGAUUCGUGGAUGAACGAAAAAAUGGCACUCGUCGCUUCGCAGGAUUACGGUGUCGACGAGCCGAGCGCCCAAGCACUUCUGCAGAGGCACAAAGAUCUCGAAGGUGAAUUGAACGCUUACAAAGGUGACGUACAGUCGUUGAACCUUCAAGCCGAAAAGCUCAUCAAAGCGGGUAUAUCGACCCUGGAAUUGUCAGCUGAUCCGGAGCCAGUUGCCGAACUGGAACAAGAAGAGUGGAGCAAAGAAGUGCGUUUGGUGCCGCAGGACGAGUGGGUCGACGAGAUCGUCGAACGGGUAGAGCCGCGCACGGUUAUCGAGGAACGUCUCGUUCCCCAAGUCAAGAGUCUUUAUCCAUUCAGCGGACAAGGAAUGCAAAUGACGAAAGGCGAAAUAAUGUUUCUCCUGAACAAGACAAAUCCGGAUUGGUGGAACGUUAGAAAAGUUGACGGUGCUGACGGUUUCGUACCGGCAAACUACGUGCGAGAAAUCGAGCCAAAAGUUAUUCAGGUACAAGUAAAGAGGCCAGAAAAAGUUCGCGUCACCCAGAGAGUGAAGAGAACGAAAAUGGUGAAUCAAGUGAUUCCCGUUAGGCGUGUAAAGUCCAUUAAAUCGACGGUGAAACCGGUGAAGAGGAGAGCAACGGUGAGCGACAGUGACAACGUUGAAAAGAGACAAAAGAGAAUAAACGACACGUACGACGAGCUCCGACAAUUGGCAGCGAAACGUCACGCCCUUCUCGAAGACGCUAUAAGGCUUUAUGGAUUCUAUCGCGAGUGCGAUGAUUUCGAAAAAUGGAUCAAAGACAAAGAGAAAAUGUUACGAGCCGACGAUUCCCGAGAUAAUGUUGAAACUGCGAAAAGGAAAUACGAAAAAUUCCUCACGGAUCUUUCCGCAUCGGGAAAACGCGUCGAAGCGAUUGACGCCGCGGUCGACGAUUUCGUUAAGCAGGGACACGGCCAAUUGGACAAAGUCAAGGCUCGACAGAGACACAUUCAUCAAUUGUGGGAUCAUUUGAAUUGGCUCAAAGCCCAAAAGGAAAAGAGUCUCGAGGGCGCGUCGAGCGUCGAAUUGUUCAAUCGCACGUGCGACGAGGCGCACGAUUGGAUGCUCGAGAAAAUUACUCAAUUGGACACCGCCGAAUUGGGCCCUGAUCUCAAAACAGUCCAAGCACUUCAGAGACGACAUCAACACUUGGAGCGAGAAUUGGCUCCGGUCGAGGAGAAAGUGAGGAAAGUUAAUUUAUUGGCGAACAGUGUCAAGAGCUCUUAUCCCAACGAACAUGAAAACGUGAAUGCUCGACAGAACGAGAUCAAGGAUCUCUGGCGUAAGGUACAAACGAAGGCGAAAGAGCGACGAUCCCGUUUGGAGGAUGCGGUUGGCCAGCAGAUAUUCAUGAACAGUUCCAAGAGCCUCAUUAAUUGGGCGACCGACGUUCAGGAACUCAUGAAAGCGGAAGAGCCCGUUCGCGACGUUGCGACUGCGGAACAGCUGCGAAAAAAGCACACGGAACUCGGGGAAGAAAUAAAAACGCGAGAAGACGAAUUUCGGGAAGUUGAAGAGCUCGGCGAUCAAUUGUUACACAGAAAUCCAUCUUUGGUCGAAGUCCGCGAACGUUUGGACAAACUUCGAGGUCUUUAUCAGGCUGUUACCUCAGAUUGGAACGACAAAGAAGAUUGGUUGUGUCAGUGUCUCGAGCUGCAACAAUUCAAUCGCGAAGCUGAUCAGAUCGAGGCGACCACGAGCUCCCACGAAGCUUUCUUGGACUUCACCAAUUUAGGAGAAUCUCUGGACGACGUCGAGGCACUUUUGAAGCAACACGAGAAAUUCGAAAACACUCUGAGCGCUCAGGACGACAGAAUGAAGGCUUUCAGUGACACCGCGGACCGUCUCAUACUCCAGAAUCAUUACGAGAAAGAUUACAUAAACGAUCGAAGAAAUCAAGUUAUGGCGCGUCGAGCUGCCGUCAAAGAAGCUGCCCAAGGACGACGCGCCGCUCUCAAAGCUUCCGAACAUUAUCAACAGUUCUCAGCCGAGGUGGACGACCUCCGUGAUUGGCUGGGCGAUAAAAUGAAAAUUGCCUCCGACGAGAGCUAUCGCGAUCUCAAUAAUCUCGAGAGGAAGCUACAAAAGCACGAAGCUUUCGAGAGGGAAUUACGCGCGAACGAGGGCCAACUGAGAGCCGUGAACAAAGCCGGAAAAGCUCUUAUAUCCGAGGAAAAUUAUCGUUCUCAAGACGUCGGUAAAACUCUCGAGGAUUUGAACUGUCAGUGGAACCGUCUCGUUACCUUGUCUCUGCAAAAAGGAAGCAGACUACGACAGGCUGCCUCUCAACACGGCUUCAAUCGUACGAUGGAAGACGCCAGGUUGAAACUCGAGGAAAUUGAAAGCUCGUUACAGAGCAAACGCGUCGGUACCGAUCUUCGAAGCUGCAAAGAUUUACUCAAAAAACAUCAAACCCUCGAGACUGAUAUGGGACAGUGGGAACAAAAGGUCGAUGAUCUCGUCGCUAUGGGACAAGAAAUGGCACACGAGGGUCAUUUCGAUGCUGCCAACAUUUUGGAAAGUAGCCAAGCUACACAACGCAAAUUCCGUAGUUUGAAAGAACCUGCUCGAAAACGGAGGGAGGCAUUGGAAGAGAGUCUGAGGUUUCACAAAUUCGGUUUCGAGCUCGACGCGGAGCUUCAAUGGAUCAAAGACCAUCUACCCCAGGCAUCUUCGACGAUGCUCGGACAAAAUUUACAUCAGACUCAAAGCUUGCACAAAAAGCACAAAAAAUUCGAGGCUGAGAUCGCGGGACAUCAGCCGAUGAUCGACAAGACACUGAUGUCCGGACAAACGCUCAUAGAUCAAGUUCAUCCGGAACGAAAAAAGAUUCAAGAAUUGUGCGACGAGCUCGACGAGGCAUGGAAAGAUCUCCAGGACAAAGCCGGGGAACGAAGCCGCGCCCUGGACCUGUCACUUCGUGCUCAAGAGUUUUUCUUCGAGGCUGGCGAAGUCGAGGGUUGGCUGAGUGAGAAAAACGACAUGCUGAGUUCGACGGACUACGGUAGAGAUCGCGACGCAGCGACGAAAUUAUUAACGAAGCACAAAGCGGUGGAACUCGAAUUGGACACUUACAAUGGAAUUGUAACGGAAAUGGGACACACGGCGACCGCGAUGAUAAACGGGAAACACCCGGACAGCAAAGCGAUCGCCAACAAGCAGCAAUCGAUUGCCCAACAGAUGCGAGCACUUCAAAGAUUGGCGACGACGAGACAGCAACGAUUGAUGGAGAGCAUGUAUCGUCACGAAUAUUUCCUGGAGAGUAGGGAGCUCGAGCAAUGGAUCAAAGAGCAGGAGCAAGCCGCUGCGUCCGAAGAUUACGGUCAGGAUUACGAGCAUCUUCUCAUUCUACAGGCCAAAUUCAACGACUUUAAACAUCGCAUCGAAGCUGGCUCCGAAAGAUUCAACCAGUGCGAGGAAUUGGCAAGGAAAUUGAUCGCCAACGAGAGUCCUUAUAUCCAGGAAAUCGAAAAACGUCAAGAGCAGCUUGGUGCUAAUGAUGAUGAUGAUGAUGAUGGUGGUGAUGAUGAUGAUCCUGUCAUACAAGUACGCAAGCAACACCAGCACAUGCGGGAAUCUUGGCAACAUCUCCUCGGACUGCUACGGCAUCGCGAGCAACGUUUGCAAGCGGCGGGUGAAAUUCAUCGCUUUCAUCGUGACGUCGCCGAGGCAUUGUCACGAAUACAAGAGAAAGAAGCUGCACUUCCGGAGGAUCUGGGUCGGGAUUUGAAUUCUGUUCUCGCACUGAUAAGGCGUCACGAAGGUUUCGAAAACGAUCUAGUCGCGCUUGAGGCUCAGUUACAGGUACUCGUGGAAGAUGCCUCGAGAUUGCAGGUUUUGUAUCCGGGCAACAAUGCAGCGCACAUCGAUCAGCAGCAACAAAUCGUAAUCGCGAAUUGGGAGGAGUUGAAAGAACGUUCCGCUCAUAGGAGGGAUCAGUUACAAGCGAGCUGCGAUCUUCAAAGAUUCCUUACUCAAGUGAGGGAUCUCAUGAACUGGGCCGCUGGUCUUCGCGCCGCAAUGUCGACCGAGGACAAAGUCCGUGACGCAGCGAGCGCUCAAAUAUUGAAAGCGGAACACGAGGCACUUAAGAGCGAGAUCGAAGCGCGAGAGGACAGUUUCCGAUCAGUUCUCGACCUCGGAGACGCAAUGGUACAAACGGGACAUUACGCAGCACCGGAAGUUGAAGAAAAGUGUAAUCAACUGUUGGACGAGAGACAGAAGCUACACACGGCCUGGCAGCAGAAAAAAGUCCGUCUCGAUCAGCUCAUCGACUUGCAUUUCUUCUUGCGAGAUGCAAAACAACUGGACAACUUAUCGACCAGCCAGGAAGCCGCACUGAGUGGCGACAACUUGGGCGUUUCCGUGGAGGAAGUCGAUGUCCAGGUGAAGAAGCACAACGAGUUUGAAAAACUGCUCAUAACCCAGGAAGAAAAACUGACGGCUCUCCAGGAACACGGUGACAAACUUUUGGCUCAAAAUCACUUUGACUCGCCAACUAUAGCGAGACGAGUCAGCGAAGUUGUACAGAAACGAGCCCGAGUCCGUGAUCUUUGCGAGGUGAGAAGAAAACGUUUGGAAGCGAGCCUGCUUCAUGCGCAGUUCGUACGCGACGUUGGCGAGGCGGAAUCUUGGAUUGACGAGAAACAAAAAAAACUCGAGGCUGAAGCUUCCAAAGGCGAGGUCUCGAGCCUCGAGGAUAAAAUCAAGAAAUUGCAAAAACAUCAAGCGUUCCAAGCCGAAUUGGCGGCCAAUCAAAGUAGAAUCGAAGAAAUCAAAGCCAAAGGUGAAACUCUGUUGGCUCACAAGCAUUCUUCGAGCACGGAGAUUCGUCAACAGUUGGAACACUUGAAUGCAACGUGGCGCAAGCUCCUGCUCAUUUCCGGUAAUCGCGGCAGAGGGCUCGAAGAAGCGCAGGACAUAUUAGAAUUUAACAAUCAAGUGGAGAAGAUUGAAGCUUGGAUCAGAGACAAAGAGAUGAUGGUACAGGCCGGGGACACAGGCAAAGAUUACGAGCACUGUUUGAGCCUCCAAAGAAAGUUGGACGAUGUCGACAGCGACAUGAGAGUCGAUGAUGCAAGAAUCAAAACGAUCAACGCAUUGGCGGACAAAUUGAUAAAGCAAGGACACGACGAUGAGUCGAGGGGUAUUCAACAGAGACGAGACAAUUUCAAUGACAAGUGGAAAGGUUUGCAGGGCGCACUGAGCGCUUACCGUGAAAUAUUGGCUGGGGCAUUGGAAAUUCAUCUUUUCAAUCGUGACAUCGACGACACGAGUCAACGCGUCAUUGAAAAAUCACUGGCAAUGAAUACAACGGACAUUGGCAAAGAUUUGCCGGGAGUUGAACAAUUGCAGAGAAAGCAAGAGGCCAUGGAACGCGACAUGACUGCGAUCGAGGGCAAACUCAAAGAACAUCAAGCAGAAGCGAGACAAUUGUCGGAUAAAUAUCCGGAAAAUGGCCCCCAAAUAAAGGCAAUGUUGCACGAGUUACAAUCGAACUGGGACGAAUUAUUGAAUUUGACUCAACACCGUCGUGACGUACUUAGCCAAGCCUACACUCUUCACAAGUUCCAAGCUGAUUUGCACGAGAUCGAGGUUUGGGUGGCUGACACGAUAAAACGUAUGAACGAAUCCGAGGCUCCAACUACGAUAUCCGAAGCCGAAGCUUUAUUGGAGCUUCACCAAGAACGCAAAGCCGAGAUCGACGGUCGGCACGACGCGAUAAAAUCCCUUCACGAGCACGGCACGAAACUCGUUUCGAAAAAUCCCGAGGUCAAAGAGAGCCUCGACCAUUUAGAAAAACUUCGCGAUGGCCUUUGCGAAGCGUGGGAAGAACGCAGGGAGAAACUAAUGCAAGCUUAUCAUCUGCAACAGUUCAAGGAACAAGCGGAUCAGUCGGACAGUUGGCUCGCGACUAAAGAGGCCUUCCUCAACAACGACGAUCUUGGCGAAUCUCUCUCAGGAGUUGAAACACUCCUGCGGAAACACGUCGAAUUCGAAAAAAUGCUCGCUUCGCAAUUGGGACGUGUCGACGAAUUGGAGACUUUCGCCUCGGAAAUUUUGGCAGAAAAACCUUCCGAUGUUAAAUCUAUAGAGCAGAGAUUAUCAGCGGUUUGCGCUAGACGAGACAGGCUGAAGGAGAGCUCAGCAGCGAGGAAAAAGAAGCUCUUGGAGAGCAAGCGGCUGCAUGAAUUUUUGCGCAAUAUUUAUGAGGUCGAAGGCUGGCUGCAUCAAAAACAACAAGUAGCCGCUGACGAGAAUUAUCGUGAUUCCACCAAUUUGCAAAGCAAGAUACAAAAGCAUCUUGCUUUCGAGAGCGAAUUGACAGCCAAUAGAGGAAGAGUCGGCGCGGUUGUUGCCGAGGGUGAAGCAUUAAUCGAGGACAAUCAUUACGCCUCGAAGGAAAUACAGGAUCGUUUGGAAGAGCUGGAAACAGAAUGGCGAGUGUUACAGGAGACGAGCGAAUUGAAGAAGAACCGUUUGAACGACGCGUAUCAAGCUCUUCUGUUCGGUCGUACCUUGGACGAGUUUGAAACGUGGAUGGAUGAAAUUGAGACUCAGCUGCAGUCCGAAGAUCACGGCAAGGAUUUGUCGAGCGUGGCGAAUUUGUUGAAACGACACACGAACCUCGAGAACGACGUGCUCGGGCACAACGAAGCUUGCGAAUCCAUCAAAGAGACUGCUUCCAGUUUUCAAAGAACGAAACAUUUUAUGAGGGACGAAAUACAGCAGAGAGCAACCGCUACGAUCAACAGAUAUCACAGUCUUCAAGAGCCAAUACAAAUACGUCGUGAUAACCUCGAGGACGCAAAACUUUUGCAUCAAUUUGUUCGCGAUGUCGAGGACGAGGUUCAUUGGCUCACAGAAAAAGAGCAUCUCGCAGCCAGCGAUGAUCUUGGCAAUUCUUUGACGACGGUCCAGAGACUCCAGAAAAAACAUCAAGCCCUCGAAGCUGAAUUGAUAUCGAGAGAGCCCGUUGUAUCUUCCCUCGCGAGUCGCGCUUCCGCUAUGAUUCGUGGCGGACAUUUUGCCUCGGAAAAGAUCGAAUCCCUCUCGCAAGAUUUGCAAAAACGUUUGAUUCACCUGAGAGACUUGGCAAGCGUGAGGAAGCUCCGUUUGCUCGAUGCCGUCGAGUCGCAAAUGUUUUACGCCGAAGCCGCGGAAGCUGAGCAAUGGAUUAAAGAGAAGCAUCCACAAUUGUCUUCCAUCGAUUACGGCAAGGACGAAGAUUCGGUGCAGUCGUUGCUGAAAAAAUUGGAAGGUAUCGAGCGCGAUUUAUCCGCUUUCGACAGCACCGUCGAGAACCUUAAGAAAUUGUCCGAUGGUCUCGUAAACAGGAAUCAUUUCGAUAGCAAAAAUAUUGCACAAAAGCAAGCGGAAAUCGAGUCAAGAUUCGUUGAAUUGAAAAAACUCAAAGAGUACAGACUCAAGAGGUUACUCGAGAGCGAAGAAUUCUACAAAUUCUUGAGACAAGCCGACGAAGUUAUCGAAUGGAUCAGCGAUCAAACGACCGUUGCCGCUUCCGAGGAUUAUGGCCGUGACGUUGAACACGUUGAAUUGCUUAUUCAAAUAUUUGACAACUUUUUGGCUGGUCUAACGACGAGCGAAAGUCGAGUCUUCUCGAUUAUCGACACUGGACAGAAGCUCAUCGAGAUUAACAAUCCGGAAGUAAGCAAAAUCAAAGCCAAAAUCGAUGAGACUAAACAACAAUGGGACGAUUUGAAAGAACUGGCUCACGCAAGACAAGAAGCUCUGGCCGGAGCUAAACAAGUCCACAUGUUUGAUCGAACCGCUGACGAAACUAUCGCUUGGAUUCAAGAGAAAGAAGCGAGUCUCAGCUCCGACGGGUAUGGCCACGAUUUGGAGACUAUACAAGCACUCGUGCGAAAACAUCAAGGCUUUGAAACCGAUCUGGCUGCUGUCAAGGAACAGGUUGAAUCAGUUAUGGCUGAGGCGUCGAGAUUAGCAGAGCUCUUCCCAGACGCUCGGGAACACAUAGCCGUGAAGCACGAAGAAGCGGACGAGGCAUGGAGCGAGUUGCUCGAGAAAGCAGCCCAGAGAGGAAGCAAAUUAGCCCAAGCCGAAAAGCUGCAGGCUUACUUCGACGAGUACCGAGACUUGUUGUCCUGGAUAAACGAGAUGGUGGCAAAGGUAACGGCUCAGGAAUUGGCUCGAGACGUUCCCGGCGCGGAAGCUCUGAUUUUACGUCACAACGAGUACAAAGUUGAAAUCGAUACGCGGAAGGAUGCUUUCGCUAAAUUUUAUCGCAUCGGUAACGGCCUCAUAGAGCAAGGACAUUUUUUGGCGAAUGAGAUCGAGGAAAAAAUAUCUGUGCUCGAACAGAGGAAGCAAGUGUUGAACGACACGUGGGAACAAAGAAAACUCAUUUACGAGCAAAAUCUCGACACGCAAAUGUUCAAACGAGAAGCGGAAACACUCGAGAAUUGGAUAAUAAGUCGUGAGCCAAUGUUGAACGAUGGAAAAUUGGGCGAGACGAUCCCUCAAGUCGAGGAUCUGAUAAGAAAACACGAGGACUUUGAAAAAACGAUAGAGGCGCAGGAGGAAAAAUUCACGGCGCUCAAACGCAUCACGAUGUUGGAACGCGCUUUCCAGAAACAACAGCAAACCGAAAUGGCUGCGAGACAAGCGGAAAAAGAGCGUGUCGAGCGUGCUCGCAUCGAGGAGAGGAAAAGAAAGGAAGUCCAGAGAAUAACGGAAGAGAGAAAACGCGAGGAGGAACGUCGCAGAUUGUUGGAAAGUCCGCGUCAUCACGGUGGAUCGCACGACGAGUCCAACGGCUUGGCGGAGGAAAACGAAUCCAUGAACAGAUUGUCACCGCUCAAAGCCCAAAACACAUCUGCCGAGAAGUCUGAAGCUUCGGGAACUGAGAAAUCGAACAGUAUAACGCACAUGUUCGGUGAUCGACUGAGAAGAACGACCCCCGACAUAAAACGCGCGGAGAGCAUGAAAGUCGACACGAAAAAACCAAAAAGAACACCGAGCUUUACGACGAGACGACGAACUCAGAGCUUCCGAAAGCAUCAACGAAUGGAGAACAUGGACGCGCUUCGACCGGUAGAAAUCCAAGGGAUUCUCGAGAGAAAACACGAGUUACAGAGGGGCGGGAAAAAAGCAGCGGUACGUUCGUGGAAGCAAUACUACACGGUUUUGUGCGGCCAAUUAUUGUGCUUCUUCCGAGACUACGAGGACUUUCAAUUGAGUAAAGCUACCACAGCACCGAUCACUAUAUUCAAUGCAACUUGCGAGAGAGCCGAAGAUUACACCAAGCGCAAAAACGUUUUUAGGCUCAAAUGCACCGACGGUUCGGAGUUCCUCUUUCUUGCUUCGAGCCAACAAGAAAUGGAUGAUUGGGUUAACAAGAUAUCGUUCCACGCUAAAUUACCACCGAGCUUACAAUUGCUCAGCUACGACGAGUCGCAAAAGGAAGGAAUCGAGAGACUUCAAAAUUUGACACCUGAAAUACCCGACGACAAUGUUUCAACUGGCAGCAGUCGCGCAUCCACGCCCGAACUUGAACGGAAGAAUUCUGUCAUUAGACGGGAUCCCACUGAUACUAAUUCUUCUAGCAAAGUGCAAAUCGAAUUCCUCCAAAUGCAUCGCCAAAACCAGCAACGUCGAGAAUCCAGGAAUUCCGAACUCCCUGACAGUCCCAGAAGCUCUGUCGACGCCAGUCAGACCCAAACGGAAUUCCUGCAAAAACACAGACAACAGCAACUCCUGGCACAGCAACAACAGGCUUUUGUGCAACACGAAAAAAUGGCCAAUGCUCGAGAACAAUACUCUGGACAUCCGGCGGAACGUCCACCCAUACCACCGAGAGGUGCGCCUCCUCCGGUUCCUGUCAGGUCACCCAGUUCCGAAAAUAUGGCGCCGAUGAGACGAAAUGACGUCGAAUACCACGUGCCUCAGCCAAGGCCUCAUUCGUAUCAACAACCACGUGCAACGGUGAAUCACAACGGAUCGGGUCAAACGUACGCAGCAAACGAAAGUUGGCAGCGGGCUGGAAGCUCCGACUUUGCGACCUCACCGAGCCAAGAAUUAGCGCCUCCCCUACCAUCGAGUGCUCCGCCACCCACCGGUAUCAUUCAGUGGAACACUCCUCGAGAUGAUCCUGCCUAUGGAAACGUCCCAAUAAAUAUGAGACAGAGUGGUCAACAGCAGCAGCAGCAGCAGCAGCAAAUGAAUUCGUUCACGGGGAGACCAACGUCGUUGCCUCCUUACGUGGCUCCGCCACCGGCGACAACGCCAAUCGCUCAAAACAUGACAGUCGUGGACGGAGGACGUAGAGCAUCGGAGAGCGGUUCCGAGAGCGAGCAAAGUUCAAGCGGGAGUCGAAAAGAUCGCGACUACAAGCGUACCUCGGUACUGAGCAAUCUGUUCGGUAGGAGAAAGAAGCCUUCGCAAUCGUAGCGUUUUUUACGUCGUUCGCGAUUUUCAUAUGACACAGACAUAAGCAACGAAAACACUGAGGUGGAAGAAAAGAAAGCCCGAUAAAAAACGUACGAAAGAAAAGAAAGGGAUCGAAGUGCACGUACGAGGCUGCGAGUCGUUCAGCGUGUUGUGUACUCCAUGAAGCACACAAAGCAUUUAAACCGCAAAGAAUAUAUUAUUGCUUCAACUGACAAAAGAAUUAUUCGUUGAAAAAGCACGACUUGAAAAGUACCUGACCUCGACGCUGUACGGAAAAGAGAUAAAAACAAAACACUUGGGAGAAUUGAGUUUAUCCUUUAGGUGUAAUUCCGACAAGAAAUACAUGCAUAUUUAUCAAAAUAUCGUAUGCAUGUCUCCUUUUCCACGAGCUAUAUUAUACAUAUGUAUUUGGAACCAAUGAAAAAUGAUUUAUGAGAACAUACUUCGCAAAUAUAUAAAUAUACAUACCACAAAAAUUAUAUUAAUGUUAUAUUUUCGAGAAUAAUAAAUUGUAAAAGAAUUUUCUCUUCAAACUUUCCAACGAGACGAUAUAUAGAAUAAUCAAAUGAUUCUAUGAUCCGAAAGGGGGAAAGGGGAUGAAUUGUAAAGAUUGUUCAAUAUUAUAAAAUAUCAUCACUUACGUGUCUAUAUAUUAUAUGACAAAAAAAACAAAAAUACAAACGAAAACAAAACGUCUACCAACGUUCACGAAUUAAUUAGUGUUGUAGAAAACAAGAUCAAAAUAAAAAAUAUAUAUGUUA